AUGAGGUUCGUGGUGAUUGCUCUUCUGAUUGCUGGAGCUUACGGGUGUGGGGUACCCACCUUCCCCCCAUUUGUGUCAAGAGUGGUUGGAGGAGUAGAUGUCCGUGCCCACAGCUGGCCGUGGCAGAUCUCUCUCCAGUACACUAGCAGCGGUAACUGGUACCACACUUGUGGUGGUACUCUGAUCUCCAAAGACUGGGUCCUCACUGCAGCUCACUGCAUUAGCACUAGCCGUACUUACAGAGUGUACUUGGGCAAAAACAGCUUGCAGCAGGCAAAUGAAGCAGGUUCUGUGGCCAUCCCUGCUGCAAAGAUCAUUGUCCAUGAGAAAUGGAAUUCCUACUUCAUUCGCAAUGACAUUGCCCUGAUCAAGCUGCAGUCUUCAGUGACCUUCAGUGACACUAUCCAGCCUGCCUGUCUCCCUGCAGCUGGUUAUGUCCUGCCCAACAAUGCACCUUGCUACGUCACUGGCUGGGGCCGUAUUUACACCGGAGGCCCUCUUGCUGACAUCUUGCAGCAGGCUCUGCUCCCUGUUGUGGACUAUGCCACCUGUAGCCAGUAUGACUGGUGGGGCAGCCAGGUGACAACCAGCAUGGUCUGUGCUGGAGGUGAUGGUGUUGUCUCUGGUUGCAAUGGUGACUCUGGUGGUCCUCUGAACUGUCAGAGUUCCAGCGGAGCAUGGGAGGUCCACGGAAUUGUGAGCUUUGGCUCUGGCCUCAGCUGCAAUUACCCUAAGAAGCCCACUGUCUUCACUCAAGUCAGCUCCUACAUGGACUGGAUCAGCACCCAAAUGGCCAGCAAUUAAUCAAGGAAACAAGAUGGGAGCAAGUGGUGCUAUGAGAAAGUUAUGUAUGGGUUUAAAAAUAAAAUCAU